AUGCCACAGAAGCCUCUUUUUUUUAUUUAUUUUUUUUUUUUUCAAGACACGCCUGAUUUUGGCGGGGUAGACACACAGACAAAUAAUAACAAUAAAAAAAGGGGAUUCACACGUGACGGGCGUGGAAAACUCGCAGGGGGAGACGCACACAGUAGACGGGACAGGAGGAUGCGGUUGCGUGGAUGGGGGCACACGGCAUUCCAGACGAGACUGAACGGCAGUCGCUGCUGGGGUAGCCGCGGUGCUAGCAGCGCCUCACAAUGCGUGGCUCUCCGUAGUGCUUCUUCUUCUUUUUCCAUGUCUACGUCACGAAGCCCAUUUGACGCGGUGUAUGUCAUAAAUCUAAAUAGGCGGCCUGACCGUUGGAAAUUUAUAUUGCGUCAGUUGCAGCGCGCAGGGUUCCGUGAGGGCGAAUACGAGCGAUUUACCGCGGUUGACGGUCGUGCCGUCGAUAUUCAAAAGGCACAGGCAUGUGGAUUGGUGUCUUUGUUGGGGAUUCUUCGCCUAAGAGAGGAAGAGUCGCGUCGCAUUUGGGGGAUGGAUUUAAAUCCCGCAGCAGUGGGAUGUGCACUCAGCCAUGUAUUGCUCUGGGCCACCAUUGCGGCACGGCGCUAUCACCGUGUCCUCGUGGUAGAGGAUGACUCCUUGUUUCCACAUGAUUUUCAAAAAAAGUACGAUGAGCGCAUGCGUCACGUUCCGCAGGAUUGGGAACUUGUGUAUGUGAGCGGACUUGACACGGCGGAUCAGACAUCUCAGCUGCGUGUUGCAGAGGGUGUGAGUCGUGUGCCUCAGAUGCACCGGACAACGAAUUGCUACGUUGUCACCCAUCACGGGGCCCGUCGGUUACUGGAGUUGUGCCUGCCGAUGACAUAUCAACUGGACACGAUGAUGACGAUGCAUGCGGUAUCGGAUCCCCAGAGUGGCGUACCCCAUGUGACAUCCCCUGUCUGUUACACACUACAGCCUCCUUUGGUGGUGCAGGCGACACGGAUGGGAUCAGACAUUCAGUCUAGUAACGGCAGGGAUGAGCAGGAGGAGGAGCGAGCACGAUGUAGGGCAGCGGGAUGGACCACCGAUUGA